AUGGAUAAUAAUUUUAUUGAAGAAGGAAUACAACUAGUUCCCGACUACGAAUCGGAUUCGGAAUGCUGCACUGACAGUGAAGAAUCGGUGCUGGUGGCUAAGAAGAAACCAAAACUGUCUUUUGACUGGAAGUUAGUUCAAAAGUUUGAUAACAUCGAACAAGCCAAAACAUUCGUGAAAGCUGAACGUUCCAAGGACUUAAGGACAAAAUACAAGAAAUUUUUGAAAGUUCUUGGAAUCCAAAAGGUUUGUGAUGCUGCUAAAAGCAUACAAAAUGCAUUUCUAGAAGUUUUUGGAGAACAUGUCGUAGUUCGGAUGUGCUGGGCACACGCAAAAAGAAAAAUUCAAGAGAGGAUAGAAAGGAUUAAGAACAAGGUGCUGCGUGAUAAUAUCUUAAAUGAUGUUGAUUCAUUGCAUUCUAUUACAGAUGAGAAUAUAUUUGACGCAGCUUCCGAAGCAUUUCUGCAAAAAUAUAAAGAUCAGAUUGAAUUUGUCACGUAUUUCAGAGCACAGUGGUUAACACAAAACCGCAAUUGGUUCCUGGGAGCGGCUCCCAACUCUCCAUCAACCAAUAACGCUUUGGAGUCUUUUAACAGAGUAAUAAAGGAUAGCAAUACACUCCGAGAACGCUUCCCUUUGUCCAGGUUUUUGGUGGUUGCAAAAGAAAUGGUAAACCAGUGGUCUAAUAAAUAUAUUACUAACCCAGAAGACAAUUACAUUGCCAACGUACCCUCUUUAACUACGAAGCACUGGACUGAAGCUUACUAUUUCGACGCACAAUGGGAAAGUUUUGACGAUUUCAAGAAACAAAAUUUCAGCAAGUGGCUUGUCACUUUGCCAAUUGAAAGAAACGAUUGGAUAAAAGGGAGAUGUGACUGUCCAGCUUUUUUUAAUUUAUAUAUAUGCAAGCACGUGAUUGGUUUGGCGAUUCGCUUAAAGUAUGUGGUUCCUCCGCUUGAAGCUAAAAAUAUUCCCAUAGGGGAAAAAAGAAAACGUGGCCGUCCGUCAAAAGCUAAACGGGCAUUGAUAAUACAAUAAAAUUAUUAAG